UAGGCCACCCCGCGAUUGGUUAUAUAAGCCCAUAUUAAAGGCAUAGGCCUUGUAAGGACAUGCUCAGCCACGUUGCCUUCGCGCUUAUAUACUGCACAGGGAGGCUGCAUAUCGUCAUCUAGACAGCUAACCGUCCCAAAAGUCAUGGCGUCAGCACAAACCAACUCGUCAACAUUUACAUGCUUCCCGUGCCUUCCCCCAGAAUUGCGCCAGCAGAUAUGGCGCGAAGCCCUACCAGACAACUUCAGCCCAGCCCUAUACCCCUACAAAAAGGGAUGUUGGUGUCCCCGACAAAUACCAAGGUCGGACCCACGGUGGCAUGAGUUGAGCCAUAUAGACUUCGAAUUUCGCAACGAUCUAUUAGACCACGUCCAAGUUAAAGUACAGUUAACCUUUGUCAACCGUGAGGCACGCAACGUCGCCCUGUCCUGGGCGUGCAAACAGCCCGAUAUCCAGAUGCGCUUCCUCGAGGAAAGGCAGUGUCAGGUCUUUGCGCUUCCGUUCAAGCAGGAGCGUGAUGCGCUAUACGUUCCGCUAGACAAAGUCCAUGGUUUUCUGGUGGAGCCUAUUGAUCGAUCAUUUGAGCCGGAUCUUCUCGAUCAGGGUUGUGAGGUGUUACCGCAUAUCGAUCGCGUCGCGGUUCCUGAGGCCUUGCUUCAGAUUGAUCCUUCUGCGAUACCGGAUAUGUUUCUCCAUUACUAUUGGCUGGAAGAACUGAUUAUCAUCGUAGGAGAACAACCGGAAUGGGAGGAUGAUGACGUGCAGGUACAUCGGCGGUGGGAGUUCGAGGAUAUACAGGGUAAAGUAUUGUGUUGGGAUGGCGAACAUGGCCGCUUUGAAUGGCGGGGCGAGAAUGGUAUCGGUGAUGAAGCCAUAAGUAGGCAAUUACAGGACGUUGGCAAGCAGCUUUAUGAGCCGCUUACCUCGAACCAUACGUCUAAAUUUGAGAUCAGGGCCGCUGUUGCCAUCAGAAGAUGAAUUGGAUGUUGGUGUUAGUGGUAGGGGUGGGAUGAAGGGCUACGUUUAGGGACGAUGCAACUGAUUCGCAAUCAGGGUAAAAAGCAAGACAAGGAACAUCUCGCUUCCGAAUUGGUCUAGAGGUCGAACACUGGAGAACAAAUACCUCAACCGUCUCGCCUCUGUGCAGAUCAGGAGGCUCACGAUACAGUCUCGCGAUGUGAUAGGCGAUAAAUCUGUUACAUGUAGAAAGCUUAACGGGGUAAUCGUGGUAACAGGCGUUAUCUGUCCGGGAGACAUUG